CAUACAGCGCUUCUUCCAAGUUCAGCAAUGGAGCCUCUACGAGUUCUUCAUGCUGAAUUCAGACACUGUUAGGUGUUGAACCUUCACUGGUGUUUUGACCAGCUGCAGAACAACACAUAUGUCCGAAAACUGGAGCUGUGUUGCUGAUUUCGAACAGAUUAAUAAUGUUUUCGUUUCCACUCGUUCCUCGGUUCUUCUCCUGUGUAAGACUCGCAGGUUCCUUCUGUCAUGGACACACUGAACUUUCUCUCACUCGAGCUGUGGGUUGUUCUAUCAUACAGGCAGCAGGAAAGAAACACCAGGUUGAGCUGCCAGUAUUAAACGAAGAAGAUCUGGAAGAGCAGUUCGUCCGAGGCUCAGGACCGGGUGGACAAGCUACAAACAAAACCAGUAACUGUGUGGUACUAAAGCACAUCCCAACUGGUGUGGUGGUGAAGUGUCACCAAACGAGGUCGGUGGAUUUGAAUAGAAAGCGUGCACGAGAGAUCAUGCAGGAGAAAUUAGAGGUCGUCUAUAAUGGUGAACAAAGCGAGCUGCUCAAACUGAAGGACGAAUCGAGGAUGAGAAAAAAAGAAAAAAGAAAGCAAGUAAACGAGAAUUUGAAGAAGAAGAGACUUUUUAAAGAAACACUCUUGGCUGACACAAAUCAAAAAGAGGACAACAUAUGAGAGGUAUUAGGUUGGCGAUUGGUUGCCAACCCUGAUAUUGGGGUGCACAGGUCUUACGUCUGAUCCAGCUAAUCAGCCGGCUCUGUAUAAGUAGACGUUACUGUGUAAAAGCAGGGAAACAACUUUGUGCCAGAGACUGUUGUUAAUAAUCACCAUUAAGCUGUGACAAGUUACCCAAAACCGUGUCCUUUGAAUAAUGUCUGCAUUUAUGGUAGCCUUACUUCAAUUAAAUUAGAAUUCAUCUUACCCUGCACAAUGCUUACUCAGUAAAUAAAUAUGUUAUCUUUGUGAGUUCAAUUUCUGAUUAAAACAGCUUUAAGGUUG